GAAAAAAGCCUUGUUGAAAACGAAGGGUUUUGGGUUUUUUACUUUAGACGACAAUGUUUGGGAUCAAGCCCAAAUCUAAGCAACGUCGCAAUGUUCAAGCGGGUGCUGAUGUGCCUCCAUCACCCGCAAUACCGCGCCACAGCAGUGGCCAUUCCAGCACCACCCAGCAAUCUUGGUCAACAUCAUCAGUGGACCAAUCUACCGGCUACACGCUAGACAGCUACUACCAAGAUACUUUGUCGGUAGCCAGUUCGCGAUCGUCUAGAGCCAACUCCAUUUCCACCGCAGGAGGAGGUGACGAGCAAGGGAGCAAAUAUGAUGGAUACACGGAAAGACAAGUGGAAGAUCUUUUCGAUAAAAUGCUGACGCGACGAGGUAUUCAUGAUCCUGCCUCUCGAUCUGCUAUGCUUUCUUUCCCAACAGACAAAAAGUGGCUCAUGGUAUCGCAAGACAAGCAUGCUGAAACAAUGCUGCCAGCAGCAUCUGUCUCAGCGUCCAGCAAGAAAAGUACAAAUGAUUCGCGCGAACCAGACAAAAGUACACCUGAAUUCUACAUUAAGCAGUUUUUAGCACCGGAUAUGCAAGGAGUUACGCCAAGACUCGUGGCACAUCUGGCUGUCAGUUUACGGACAAUGCCGCUAAGCUGGGUCCGCCAAUUUAUCGAAGCGAGAGGUUUACAAGUUAUUACGAAUGUGAUUGGUAUUCUAAAUAGACGGGAGACAAAAACCGAAGAAGAUUUACAAAUGGAAGCCGAGAUUCUAAAGUGCUUCAAGUCCUUGAUCAACAAUCGGUGGGGUGCAAGGGAAGCGGUAUCCCAUCCAGAGUGCAUUUAUCAGAUUGUCCUGUCGCUAGUAUCGCCUCCCAUCCAGACCCGUAAGCUUGUCUGUGAAGUUCUUGCAUUCCUGUGUCACGUCGACCUUCCGAAAGGUCAAGAAACGGUCUUGAAAGGAAUGGACAAGUUGCGUGAAUAUCGUCGGGAAUUCGGUCGGUUCGACGCAUGGUUUAAACUCUUGGAUGCAACAUUGGACGGAAGAGGUCGGAUGGGCAGUCUUGUCGGUGCAAGUGAGGAUGUACGGAGACUUGGUGGUCAAGGUGCGCCUGAUAGUCAUUUGAGUGAUUAUGCGCUGUCAAAUAUGAUGUUAGUCAAUUCCCUUAUCAGUGUUGUGGAGGAUGUUGAGGUCCGUGUCCAUCUCCGAAAUCAGAUGAAUGCCUGUGGUCUACAAGCUAUCACCGACAGAAUGCUGGAGUUCAAUAGCGAGCAUCUGCGACGACAUAUUAGUAUCUAUAAACAAAUGAGCGACAAUGACUAUGAGGUUGUUAUUGAAAUUCAAAACGACAACAUUCUAAGCGACAUGAACGAUCCGCGCGAUGUGUUUGAAUCAAUCCUGAGUCGAGUCGAAGGAACUCGCGGAUACGAUUUUUUGCUAAGUGCACUGCAACAUUUGUUGCUCAUCAAUGACCAAAGAGACGUCCAAGUACGAUAUUAUCAAUUACUAGACAACAUGAUCACACAAAUUGUCCUGGAUCGUAAAGGAUUAACAGCGGAGGACUUUUCUGGUGGAUUUGGCUGGUCUGUUGCGUCACUUAUUGACAAAUUUGCUGAACAAGAUCAGUUGGCUGUUGCGAUUGCCGAAGCAAAGGAUGCAAAGGCGAAGUUCGAACAGGCGAUCAAAGAAAAACAAGAGUUAGAGUUAGAAAUCAAUUUACAAGGAGAUGGAUUGGUGGGACAGCUACGGGAAAAGACCAAUUCACUAGAGGAUUUGCUGCGCAUGUCACGAAAAACAAUUUCAACACUUCAGGCCAAGGUGAAAGCCUUGCAACAAGAUUAUGACAAGAACCUCACAAUUAUGGACAAACAAUUGCGCGAAAUGUAUCAAACAGCAGCCAUUGUCAAUAGUCCAUACGGGCAGUCAGAAGAGAGUCGUGAUGGGGAGGCACCAAAGGGCACAAUCUAUGAUAGAUUACGUGCACAAGCUAUACUAGAAAAAGAAUCUGAAAAUCAGAAUAUACCCAAGGCCGAAGGCUUGUCCGAAAGCUUCAAGCUUUCACUUGGUGAUCAGCUCGGUUCCAGCGCUCCAACUGGAUUUGUUAUUCCGGGGACUUUGCCAUUGAUUGGAUCGACUCGUCGGCGAGGAGCAAGUACAGCUCCUGGUAUAGAUUUGUAUACUUUGGAAGAUACCACUGGUUCAAAUGCUGAAAGCAGGCCCACUGUCGGUGAAACAAUGAACAUAGAGCAGCUCAAAGGAUUUGAUUAUUACAAAACGAAUGACGCUUCUGAGCGUCGCAGUCGCCAUCCCAUCAAAUCUAUGGCAGCGGACCUGGAACAUCAGCUGCGAAAGAAGGUCGAAGCAGAGAACGUUAUCAAGGAAGCUCCUGAUGUCAAGUCGGUGGCUUCAUCACUGCCUACAAAAGAGGAAGAUAGCACGACACCAUCUGCAUCGCAACUAGCAGCAUCCAUAUCUACUAACAAAGAGCAGUUAUAUAACAUCAGCACACAAGCAAUAAGUGGUGCUAGUGUAGCUACUGGAUUACAAACUACAACGACUGCAGUCGAUGAUGCUCCGCACCCGCCACCGCCACCACCUGCUCCACCAAUGACGUUACCAAUGUCAACUGCUCCUCCAACGACUGUAUCGACAGCUGCCGAAAUAGCACUCAAAGCAAAUGAGCGAAGCAGCUCGAUAGCAACAACAAAUGCUGCAGAUGUGCCUCCUCCUCCUCCUCCACCACCACCACCACCUCCACCAGUAGGAGGAGCACAUACACAACCUUCUAGCACAGCAACUGCCACAACAAAGCAUCAACCACAUUCAGAUCCAAGUAUACCCCCGCCGCCACCACCUCCUCCUCCUCCUGCGGGGAGCUCAAUACCAGUGUCUUCACCACAGCCACCAACAUCAGGAGCUCCUCAAAGUGGACAAGCAGGCGGACCUCCACCACCGCCUCCGCCCCCGCCACCACCACCUCCUCCUCCAGGAAGCUCAAUACCAGUGCCUCCACCACCGCCACCAACAUCAGGAGCUCCUCAGAGUGGACAAGCAGGUGGACCACCGCCUCCUCCUCCACCGCCACCGCCUCCUGGAAAUGGUGGUCCAGCUGCUCCUCCGCCACCAGGUGCACCAAUGCGAAAAAUCAUGCGUUAUUAUCCAGAUGUCAAGACGCGUGCUCUUCAGUGGACCAAAAUGCAUAACCAGGUUGUUGGAAAGACCAUUUGGGGUGAUGAAGAUGUUGACGAGGAUGCUCUGGAAGACGAAAUGAACGAGCUUGGUGUCUUUGACUCUAUCCAGGAACUGUUUGCUCAAAAACAGAUCGAACGCAAACGACGAGCCAUGGAGGCCAAAAAGCAAGAAAUUUUCAUUCUUGACCCUAAAAAAAUCAACAGCAUCAACAUUUCAAUUUUGGCAAAACUCAAACAUGUUCCUUUCCCUACCGUUGUAAAGAAGAUAUACGCAGUGGAAGACCCUAUUUUCACGGAAAAUCUCUUGAAGAGCUUACAAGAAAAUGUACCAACAUUCGAUGAAAUGGGUAAACUAUCCGUUUUCGUCAAGAGUGCGUCUGAAGAAGAUCUUGCACAGCUGUCCAAACCAGAUACCUUUUCAUAUGAGGUUAUGAAAAUUGAUCGAUACAAGGAGCGUGUUGACAACAUGUUAUUCAGAAAGACCUUCUUCGAAAAGCACCAGCAGCUUAGUAAGAAUAUGACAUCUGUUCUCGAGGCUUCUACUGCGGUUAAAGAUUCUAAAUCGUUCAAGGAGUUGCUCAAGCUUAUCUUGACACUCGGAAACUACAUGAAUGGCACCACCUUCCAAGGAGGUGCAUUCGGUAUUCGCAUUGCUAGUAUCAAUAAGCUUGUAGAUACCAAGGGAACUGAAGGAGGUACCACCUUGCUGCAUUUUUUGGUAGAUACAGUGGAAUCCAAGUUCCCUCGUCUUCAUCGUUUUUUGGACGAUCUCAAAGAAACUGGUCAAGCAUGUCGUGUGACCUUACAGGAUGUUGUCAAAGAGUACAACGAGUUACGAAGCGGUCUGCAAAAGCUGAUGGAAGAGUUAGAGACACAUUAUGGUCCAGAUUAUGAAGCUCCUGAAGGGGAUAAUUUUGCCGAAAUUAUGACUGAUUUCAGAGAUACGGCAUUGGGCAAGUUUGAAGAGCUCGAGGUUCGAUACACAUCCAUGGAUGUGGCAUACAAGGAUGCUGUAAGCUUCUAUGGCGAAAAUCCGACCGAGAUGAAACCUGACGCCUUCUUUGGCAUAUUCAAGACAUUCACAUCCAGUUGGGAGCGUGCCAUGAGUGAUAAUAAGACAGCUAAAAAGAAAUUGGAGCAAAUGGAGCGUGCCCGCCGUAUGGAUGCGGAACGCCGCGAACGUAUCAAGACACAGCGUCAUCGUGGUGUCGAUACGAGCGUGGAACCAAAUUCUGCUGGAGCAGACGAAGAGAAGAACAUCAUGGACAAUUUAUUGGAUCGACUGCGAGCUGGUGACUUGGAUACUGGCACGAAGCGACGUGGCGAGCGAGGUACAACACGGGAUCGCCGUUUACAACGAAGCGAAUCAGUGGCUGUCAUGGCAGAAGAUCUGCUGCGCAGUAUCCAAACGGACCACGACAGCCCACCUGUUCCAAGAAUCAAUAAACCCCUUGUCCAAUAAUUUAAUUUGUAAAUUGUUAGAUUACAACCAUAACUAUUUCUACAUAUAAGAACGGCUUUAUCAGCCAAAGGAAAGAUUAAAACUGGUACAUAAUUUAUACUUUUUCAAGGAUAAAAGAAGGAUCAACCCCAUCAGUGAUU